UUGGACGAAGCGUUGCUGAGCGGUCAGGGAUUCUCGGAAUCUCAGUAUCGUCUGUCCAUUAGUCCAUUAGUCCAUUUCGUCGUGAUAUAGUCGUUGUCUUCUUGACCAGAGCGAUAGCCACCGGUUUAUAAUCUGUUUUUUUUUUUUGUUUGUUUGUGCCUUGUGGUUUUUUUUUUGGUGAUUCUUUAUUAUUUUGCUUAAUAUUUUUUUUUUGUAUAUUUGGCUUGUUGUGUACUAGAAGAAGUCACACUACGUAUACGUAUUCCUUUAGACGUUAUCAAAAAAAAAAAAUAACACAAAAAACAAAAAAUUAAAACCGAAACGGGUCGUGUCAAAGUUGACCGAAAAUGCCCGCGGACUUGAAGAGAAAUUGGUUCCUAUUUGGUGUACUCAUCUGCAGUUUUUCCAGUCAAGUGGCAUUUGGAGAUGAGGGUGAUGAAUGCAAGGUAAAGCCCAAUAUACCGGGUAUAUGUCGGGCCUCCUCCAAUUGCUUGAACGUCGAUGGAUAUAUAAGAUCGGGGGCCUUGUCCACCAGUGAGGUGCCCAGUUGCGGUUACGGAUUACGCGAGGAGAUCAUUUGUUGUCCCAUUGUCGCCUGUUGUCCAUCCACUGAUCGUAGUAGUAGCACAACAACUACCAGUACUGUCAGAACCACCAGUUCAUCCAGUACUUCCACCACUUCCACGACCACUGAGCGUUCGAGAGAACCCCGAUUGGAUGAGAAUGAAGUCUUCUUUGAUUUCAAUAAGCUCCUGGGAACCACCAUCAGGCCACAAAAGACCCACGAGUCCCUGAAAAUGCCCACCCAGAGUGUGGGUCACUGGGAAAUAGCUCCGCCAAACACGAUACCGAUUAGUACCAACACAGAACGGACUUCCGGCCACUGGAAAUGGAAUAGCCCCGAGCCCAGGAUAAUAAAUCGUCCCUUCACCACGCCCCGUUCAAGGAAACCUCAAGGGGAGUCCAUGUCCAAUAACCGAGACAAUAAUCUGAUACAUUUGGUGAACGAUCGAUUGCGGCAGCAAGGCAUGGAAAUUGAAAAAGCGCGGGAAGUUAAGCCGCAGGUUCCUGUUCAGGUUCCAGUCAAGGUUCCCGUUAAGACUCCUGUUCAGGUUCCAGUUCCCACCCAAGUUCCUGCUCCUGUCAACGUCCCUGUUCCAGUUCCUGUCACCCAGCCAACGGAAACAAUGGAUCCCUUUAAGCCCUUCCAGUUUCGGGGCGAAGACCGAAAGCCGGAGUCUUCGGGUGAUAGGUUUUCCAAGCCCAAUUCUACAACAGGACAGGAGACCAGAGAGCGACCGGCAGUGGCAGCUUGCAGAAAAAUUCGAGGUGAUACUCUGCCCCUUGGAGACCGUAUCCUGGAUGGGGUCCGUGUGGGAUUGGGCGUAUAUCCCCAUAUGGCUGCCAUAGCUUACAACAGUUUCGGAACGACCGAGUAUCGGUGCGGUGGAUCCUUGAUAGACGAUCGCUAUGUCCUGACGGCGGCCCACUGCAUCAGCGAAGAAUUCAGGCCGGCCUUCGUCCGGCUGGGAGCCGUUAAUCUGAAUGAACCCGACCGGGGUUAUGUGGACAUCAACGUAAACAACGUGCUGAUACAUCCAAACUAUGUCAGCUUCAGCAAGUAUUACGAUAUCGCCAUCCUGGAGCUGGCGGAAGCGGCGCCCAGGAACGAUAUUAUAAGACCAGCCUGCCUGAACACCGAUAUCCGUGAUCCGCCACUGGAUGCCAGUCUCUAUGUGGCCGGAUGGGGUCAAGUGAAUCGCACCACCAAGGCGCGUUCAACGGUACUGCUGCGAGCACCAUUGGAACUGGUUCCGCUGAGCAAAUGCAACGAGGCGUUCGCCAACCAGCCCACGUCCUCCAGGUCCCUGAAAAUGGGCAUCAUUGAGUCGCAAAUGUGCGCCGCCGACAGGCAGCAGAAGAAGGAUGCCUGCCAGGGUGACUCCGGCGGCCCGCUCAUCCAGGAGGUGAACAUCACGGACAGCAUCUACUACAUCCAGGGUGUGAUAUCGGCGGGUAUUGGCUGUGCCAGUGCCACCCCUGGUCUCUAUUCCAGGGUUGCCGCCUUCCUGGACUAUAUCGAGGGUAUUGUGUGGCCGGAUAAUCGCGUGUGACCAAAAAAAAAAACAAAUUUGGUUUGAAUCUCAGGACUGACUUAAAAUAAAGGGCUUAAAGUAAAAACGUA